AUGGCUUCGAAACGAUCGCGUGUGAUGUCACUGCAGUCCUACCUCCUGCCGCUGGCGGUGUUUCUCCUCCUGACCGGAAGUGCGGUUCGGGUGCACGGAAACACUUCAUCGGAAAACCGAGGGCUCGGUACGGCGCAACAUUGCACCGAUUUUAACCCUCAGAACGCGCUAGACAUUGAGCAGAUCAUGGGCAUCUGGUAUGGCAGCGAAGUAAUCACCCACGAUGGCCGCGAUGAAGGAGAAACGGUUUACGAUUCUUGCAUAGUGAUGCAUCUGGCGGAUGUGACAAAUUCGACUCCUUCAGCGUUUGAUCAGUCCAUGUACUCCGGUCGCGGCGUGGGAUCUCCCGGGUCGUCCAACUACGAACCCCGGUUCGCGACCUCGUACGGGUACGGAUCGGGUGUGGACGGCCGCGGUGGCUACCCUUACGACCAGCAGGGGGGGGGACAGGGUCAGCUGUCCAACACCUACCGGAACCGGCAGUACGCGAUGGCCGGCCAGCACCAGCAGGAACCGCACAGCUUGCGCUAUCUGCGCCUCAUCUGGGACGAGACGAAACACACGCUGGAGUAUACGCUGCGGUACAACAGCUCGCGGCCCGGCUUCUGGAUCUCGUCGUCUCCGCAGUCCGGCUCGAUGGCUCAGCUGCAGUACGUUCAGUUUACCGGCACGGUCCAGGUGCUGAAAGCCGUCAACAACCAGCUCGUGCUCAACUUCUGCCAGAGUCUUCCGGGUGGUCAGCUGUUUACGGUCGUACUCUCACGCGUUCCCAUGGGUUUGGCACCGGAGGAAGUGCACAGUAUUCGCAAUCUGCUGAGGCGGCGCGGUCUAACGACGACUUCCGUGCGAAAGGUCUGCCAGAGUGGAGCCAUCCGAAGUGAUCUUUCGUUCGGUGCGAUGCUGGUGUUGGUCGUCCUGUCUGCCGUAGCCAAAACUCUGCGCUAAACUGUAUCCAUUUCGGGAGAAAAGUUACCGUUUGAAUCGUUUUCUUUUUAUGAUCACCCGUGCCAUUUUUGAUCGAUCGUUCAUACAAUGUAUUUUCGCCAUGUUUUCGUGUUUUCCUUUGUUGCAGAUUUGCAGCUUUGCACGAAUUUAUAGUUUACUUACUUACGACUCUCAAUUGUUAUUUAAGAAUGCUAUUCAUUUAUUGUACAUGUACAUGUUUCAGUUUUCCCUUCAUUGAAUCAGUGCUCAUCGUUGUCGAUGAUUGUGUGCUAAGUGUGUUCCUCUGUUUAAGAUCAAUUGGAGUGUGGCACCAUUGCCUUUUGAGACGUCUGAACGACAAGAAAAUUAAACUGUA